UCAUUGAUGGCUGUUGUGUUUAUAUACGGGCACAUGUAGACCGAAAGUACUUGUAGUUUACGAUGGAUUUCUCGGCUCUCAUAGCCGAACUGAGAAAUAUUGCAAGCAGUUAUAACGGCCGAGACAUCGACUCAAAUGUUUCAACUGCCAUGUACUGCGAAAUGUUUCGCAAGAUUCUACAGAAGGCGGAGAGUGAGGUGGCAGCAUAUGAUGACCAAAUCGUGAUUCUCUGGAUGACUCUAUCCCAACUCUGUCAGACCUACAAAACCCUCACCAAGUGUAAAGAACGCAACAACCUUUACCAGCAUAUAUUUCUUCUGUGUGCAAAAGUAGUGUUGAACAUAAAGUGGCAACAGCUUUCGGAGGAGGAUCAGAGUAAACAGAAUUUCCGUAAAACUGUGGAGGCCACACACAACCAGCUGGUUCAUGCUGGAUUUGAUCGUUUUGGACUGCUGCUGAACAUCAUGGAAAACCCUUGGACAGAUCCAACCAUCACAAAAAUCAUGUCUGGAGACUCGGAGGAUGAAAGUAACAGUGACACUGAAGAAGACGAGAAUGAAAUGAGUGAUGAAAGAAAAAAAGAACUUGAGGAGAAGAAGAGAAAGAAAAUGCAGGAGAGGGAAGAGGAGUUUAGUAAGUACAUUGCAACAGCAGACCCCCUUAUCCUGCGUUUGAGAGUGGAGAUGUUGAUGCAAGAAAACUGUGAAGAAUGGGCUCUUAAUCUAUGUAACUGUUGUCUGAAUCAGAGAAAGUAUCAAACAGACCUCGAGUUUAAAACAAUGCAGCUUCUACUCCUCUUCAAACUGGGAAAUAUGGAUAAACUCCAGGAAACGUGUGAAACCAUUGAGUGCCAUCAUGGAAUAUACAUCAUAGAACAACUGGAAAAAAAGGAGACCAACCACAGCUUAUGUGUACGGCUUAUACAGAUUUUUCUCGUUCAGGAUUGGAUAAGGCCAGAUAGAAAUUGCUGUACAAAGAAGCUGCUCCAAAUGUGGAUCAAGUACCAGUCAGUAGAGGAUAAAGACAGAGAUAAAUUUCUGGACAGUGUGUGGGCCAUUGCAAAGAUCUCUUCCAGUACUGACCAGGUCAAUCAGUUGGUAACUGGGCUGGUCAAAAAAUGUGGCCUGAAUUUACUUCAGUUAUAUACAGACCUGUGUGUUUAUGCAAUUAACUUUGAUAAAGGAUGUUGUGAGCAGCAGAUGAUUCAGGGGAAUAUGGAGGGAGUUAAAAAGCAACAGUGGGCUAUCUCUGUUACAUGUAUCAAGCUUGCUGAUCUCUACUGUAACUGUAGUCCAAAGCUUGCUCGAAUUGCUGCACUUACAGCAUUCUCCUUAAAUCCUACAAUUCAGAAUUUUAAUGUGGUCAGGAAAACUUUCACUGACAAACGUAAGGAGAAAAUGCAGGCAAUGAAACAAGAUUCAUCAGAUGACAAGGGAAAAGAAGCACCACAGAAAGAAUACAAGCCAAGACAGAGUAAAUAUCUGCAGAAAGUGAAUCCUGCAACCAUUCACGAAGUGGAACGUUUACUGAACAUGCUACGCCCCUAUUAUCUUGACCCAGAAAUGGGAUUUGAAAAACUUCAACCUGUGUGUCAAAAGUUCAUGGAAGAGAGAGGUGGUGGAAUAGUGGAACCACCAAAGAAACCAAUGCGACCUCCAGUCAAAACAAAUCCAUCACGCCAGAACUCUGAUAUCCAGUAUUACUGUGAUGACAGCACUGCAUUAUCCAGACCUGCUAGUGCCUUGAUUAAAACAAAUGUUAAAAACCUGGCAAGUACAGCCCAAUCCUCUUCCUCAUCUGCUGAAUCCUCCUCUUCAGCCAAAGGUCAUUUAUUUGGUAACAAACCUCGUUCAUAUCGUGCCAUGUCCCAACCAGAAACUGUUCCCAAGCUAAACAAAUCAUUUCGAGUCAAUGCAAACUCAAACCAGAGACUUGUCCCAGCAAUACAACCUCAUUCUCUUACUCCCAAAGUUUCUGCUAUUGAUUCUUCAAGUAACAUAAGUGAACUGCUAAAAGCCACAAAAACACUGCUACAAUACAAUCCUGAUAGAAAUUCUACGGCAUCACAGUUAUAUACCUCAUCCAAUCAAGUACCAGCACCACAGGGUACUGGAACAGUUCAAAGCCAGCUGCAAGCCACAGAAUUGUUACGUAGACAUAGUGUUAACCUUCCAAUGAAAACUGAUGGAAACAUUCUUAGAAGUGAAAUUAUAGGAGAAGCUGGUGAUAAAUCCAUUUACCAUCAUUUAUACCAGCCCCUUAAAGUGCAGGAACCAACCAGUUUGAAAACUGCAAAACCUCCAUCAAACAAAUUACAAGUUACCCAGCUGUUAUCUUCAAGUAAGUUUCCAUGUAGGUCUAGCAGCUAUAAUUUAGCACCCAAUGUGGAUGUUCAGGGUAAUGCAAUAGGUAGACCAAUAGAAGGUUUUCCAGUAGGCACCAGUGCAGUGGAUACUCGUCGACCAUCCGCAGAGGAACUUCAGAGCAUUGUUGAUUGGUUACAGUUAGGAACAGAGGAUGCUGUUUCCAAACAGAAUAACACAAGUUUUAAUCCAGCUAUUCAUCAGACCCCUCCCCCUGCCCAUGUCCCACAACCCUCCCUCCAGAUCAAGGGACAAUGCACAGUUCAGAAAUCUCCACUUCAUUCACCUUUACAAUCAGGACAAAAAGUUGAUUUGAACACACUCCUUUCAAAGCCACAAGUCAUGACCAAUGUACUGAAGAUUCAGCCCAAAGGAAAAACUGCUGUGCAGGAAGCAGCAUCACAGAUCUCUCAGAGAUUGUCAGACCUACGAUCUCAGACUGAUAAUAGGUCUAAUGAUGUACAAUUACUCCUUAAUCUACAGAAGAAAUGCUCUAACAUUCAAAAUCAUCCUACUGUGCCCAACACUGGUCAACCAGUGAAAGGAAUUCUUGGAAAGGAUGUUCAGAAGAAUCUCACUGACAAAGAUCUAUCCUUAGAGAAAAUGAAAAGAAGAAUAGCAGAUAUUGUGCAAAAGCAGAAACUUCUUUGUGCAGCUAAACCUGACCAGCCAGCUAAAAGGAGAAGGUCUGCUUCACCAAAAGGGAAAAAGCAAAGUGUGACCUCUACAUCAUCAAAUCAGAACAAGAUUACAAACCAAGCUCAAACUCCAGCAAAUGUUGUAACACAGGAGAGUUGUAAGGCUGCUAGUGAACAACAAUCUGAUGUUCAAAAACAGCAAAUACAGGAGUGGUUUAAUAACCGCCGACAAGUUCAACAGCAGAUAGAAAUGCAUAAACAGCAACCACAGAACACUAGCCUUUCAAAACCACAGUUAAUUCUACAGCACCAAGUUGCACCUAUUCAAUAUGUAUCAGCAUCACAGGUUGAAAACUUACAAAACAGUGCAGUUCAAAAAGCAAGUUCCAGAAGUCAAGCACCAGCCUUGUUUGGAAGUGCUGGUACUCCACAAGGAAAAACAGAUCAGUAUGAACGGAGGCUGGGCUUAUUGUCCAAAUCAUCUCAUUUGUCUCCUUCCAAGACUACUCUACUGGAGCAAAAGCUCCUUCAAGAUGACAGUGUAAAAGCUGCAGUUUCCACAUUAGACAGCAGUAAAUCUAGCAAUGUGUCACAGGAUUUACCACAGCUAGAUACUUUGCAGGACAGUGUACCACAUCUUUCAGAAGAUGACUUUCUGACAAAUCACUCAUCUUUCCCACCUCAUAGCUCACAAAUGAGCACAAAAGGAGUUACCCUGGGAUCUAUGAAUGCUGAAAGAAAAAAACUCUCAUCUGAUGGCAGCACACCAACAACAUUAUUAUCAGUUCUUCUGGAAAAGUCAAAGUACAUCAACUCUGUGGCAGCAACUUCUGCUAGUAGCAGUUUUUCGCAAAGCAACAUUCUUUCCUCACAAACAAUGAAGGACAGUCAACCACAUUUGGGUUCAACACAAUCAUCAACUGCAUCUUUCACGUCAACAGCAACUAGUGCAUCACCUAUAAAAUCCAGUUCCCAGCAGAUGCUCUCAGUCUUAUUGCCACAAACUGCACACUGUAGUAAACAGCCCAUAGAGAAUUCCAAUUCCUCAUCUACCUCCUCCACACUUGGUGCAGGGAAGAAAACUGUAGACAGUAAUUUGUUGUCUUCUAUCAACCAGUCAACAGCAGCAUUCCAGUUAAGAUAUGUUGGGCAAAUAAAAACUAAAGAAAUUCCUUCAACACCAAAUUCUGAGUCUGACUUAUUCAGUGGCUUUACUAGUAGCCUUGGAAUACAGACAUCUGCUGAUGGACUGAAGCAAGUUGUCACAUGCAUUGACAGUGAUGUUGUAAAAGAAAUUUCAAAAAUGAUGGAGGGUGAAAAAAUAAAACAUGCAAAUCUUCACUUAGGAACUCCAAUUCAGUCCAAGCCUCAACAACAAACUGAAAGUAUGCACAGUGUAUCAAGCAUUCAUAACAGAAAUGAAUUGCACCAUGAUUCUAGACAGAAAAGUCAAGAUGAACAUUUGACCGAUUCUGAGGUUUCAGUGACCAAUUCUCAAGAGAACAAUCCUAAUCCAGUACAGAAUUUAAAAUCAGCAAGUGAACAGAGUGAUGAUAUAGUGAAGAAUUAUAGACAGUCAUUAAUUGAUUCCAUAGAAAAUGGCAUAAAACAAUCAAUGGAAAAGAUAGAUGUUUCAGCAGAGCUACUGGAAAAAUCUGCAGAAGUAAGUAAUAGAUCUCCUGAAACCAAAUUUGAAAAAGUCAAGGGGUGUGCAGACACUACUAAUACAUCACCACCUUCUGAGAGUGAAGUACACACUACUAAUACAUCACUAUCCUCUGAGAGUGAAGUACCAAGAACUGAAAUUCAAAUUGAUCAAGAUGGGUUUGAGUGUACACAUUCAUCUUUGAAGGAAUCCACUGAGAAAUCUGUUGUUUCAGCUGAAUCUCAAGUUUCAGUGCAUUUGAAGAUGGACAUAGAUUCUAAUAAAGAAAUGAAUUUGCAGAGUUCUCCAGUCAAUCAGUUGAAGAUUACUGAAGGAGAUGAAAAAGAUCCACUGACCAUGGAUCCAUUUUCAGCUGGAGAUAAGUUUAGACAAUGUAAUGAAAAAAUUCCAGAAAAAUUGUGUGACCAGGAUAAUGCUGAAAUGUCACCAGAAGUGACAGGGGAACAAAACAACAAACCUCUUGAGAAGGAUUCUGUAGAUCAAAUUCUUGAGGUGUUAGAAGUAGACAAAACGAACAGCAAUUUACAUGAAUUACUUGCUGCAAAAGUCAUUGAAGUGUCUACUUCGAUGGAUAAGAAUUAUAGUGGAAGUAAAUGUGAAAUUGAAGACAAAGACAAAGUUGUAGGAAAUCAGGAUAUACCAAUUGAAGCACAUGAAAAAACUUCAAUGGAGACUGUAAGCAGCCCUCCAGAGAGUAUGAAACUAGAAUCUUUGAAUCCAAUGAAAGUUGAAGAUGUGCAAGGAUUUCCACUGGUGGAAAACUUGGAGAAAGAUCCAGAAAUAAAAGAUCAAAGCUCUGAAUUGAUGGAUAAGACUUCUGCAAAAGUGGAUUUGAUAUCAACUUCCAAAGAUGUUGAACCAGUAAUUAUAAAUGACAAUUUGGAACAUACUGAUCUUCCAUCAGAAAUAGAAAGUCAAAUAACUGCAAAUGAUCAAACUGGAAGUGACGAAGCAUCAGGUGAUGGUCAAAUAUCAAAGAAAAUAGAUCAGAGAUCAGAUUUGGAAGAUUUUGUAUCCAUGGGGAAAGAUAUGAUACAUGAAGCAACUCCACUUAACAUUGACCAAAAUGCUGCAACCUCUGAUUUAAGUGUAAAAGCUAAUGUUGAAGAAAGCCAAAGCACAGAAAUAGAGGAAAACUAUGUUUCAGACACCAAAGAAGUGGAUCACACAGAUAGCCUCUGUAUGGAAGACAUUAAACUAGGCAAUAUUGAUCGAUCAAAAGUUAUUCAUAAACUUAAAAGUGACAUGAAUAACCUUCUUCACCAAAUAAAAGAUUUAAAUGAGGGCCAUGUUGCUGAAAAUUUGAGUGAAACUUUACCGGAAAAUAAGAUAAACCCCUGUGAGUCAGUAAGUGGGGAUAGAGAUGAGCAGGCAUCCAUAUCACCAGCACUAAUCCAGAAUAAGGAGGUGAUGGAAGAAGAAAGUUCAUGUAGCAGAAAUAUAGAUUUAGAUCAAGAUAAUUCAUUUCAAGUUGUUGUGCCUUCAGAGAAAGAUCAAGGGUCAGGGGAAAGUGAUGUCAUAGAAGAUAGUUUGCAGGGAGAACAUGUUAUGGAAACAACUAGUUUACAUGGAGAACAUGUUAUGGACAAAACUAGUUUACAAAGAGAAAAAAAUAUGGACAAAACUAAUCUCAGUAUAUUGGGAGAAAAUGACUUGGAAAAGGGGAAUUCCUGUUCUCUGGCAGAGAAUGAAAAUUCCAAUGUACUGGAAGAAGGUAACUGUGAGGAAAAAAUCGAGAAAAUUGAAGAUAAUUCUGAGGAAAAAUUUGACAAAAUUGAAGAAUUUGAGUUGAAUAAGAAACUGGGUGAGAAAAAAGAAAAUGAGUCGGAUCCAAAAAAAUCUACAGAUAUUAUGUGGUUCAAGAAUGUGGAAUAUAAAGAGGAAAAAUUGAAAAAUUGUGAGGGUGAGAAAGCAGUAGAUGAAGGUAAAGAAAUUGAAGAAGGCAAUAGGAAAUUGGACAAACUGAGAAAAAAUCAGAAAAAUAAGAAUAGUGACAUUCCUGCAAAUUUUGGAUUUGAUUUUUGUGAUGAAAGUAAUGCAAGUCAAACAAAAUCAGAAUUAAACUCAACAUCUGAAGAUACCAGGACCAAACCAGGUGAAUUUGUAAAAAUACCUGUCACAGAGUCGAAGCACAAGAAAUUGCAAGGGUCAGCCAUCUUACAAACAAAAAAGAAAUACAGAGAAAAUUUACAAGGAGCACAAGAGAAGGCAGAAAAAAUAAAAGAACACAUCAUCUCUGCAACUAAAGUAGUAGAAAUCACAGAAAAAGCACUGUCAAGUCCAGUAGAUUCGAAAGGGUCAUCUGCAGAAACAAAAAGAAAUUUGUCUGGAUCAAGUCGUAUAAAUGAUGUUGAAUCUGAUCAACAAUCUGUAUCUUCACCUUCAUCAAGUUCUUCCAUUUCCAGUAGUAACCUUCCACAGUCUAGCCAGUCAAAUUCUGAUAAAGAGAAGGGAGUCAAAGAAUGUCUAGCAAAGAGCAACAAAUGUUUAAUUUGUGGGAAGGAAUUUAGAUCAGUUUUCAGUUUGAAGGAACAUGUAAAAAAUAAGUGUAAAUCUACAGAUUUGGUAAGAUCCAAGGACUAUGAAUUUACAUCACGCUUCACUUGCUCCAAGUGUGGGAUGACUUCGUCCUCCGCAUAUGACAUGAGGGAUCAUCUGAAGAAAAAGCAUAGUAUGGUAAAUGACAGAGACUUUGAUGAUCUGCUGAUAAGUUCCUAUAAAUGUGAAAUGUGUGGUGAAUCAUUCAAGGAUAAACCAUCAAUAUAUUCUCAUGUUUCAUCUGCCUGUUCACACCUUGCUUCCAACAGGAAGAGAGAAUUCAGAAUUCUUGUAGAUGAUAAACAUAUUGUGAAAAAUGUGCCAAACAUAGUGAAUCCUAAUCAGAGGAAACAGAGUGGACAGCUCGUCUCUGUAACAAAUCAAAAUUCUCAAAAUAAAUUGGAGAAAGAGAAGAUCCAAACUGCCAAAGCUGAGACACAGAAACAACCAAAGUUUGUUUUUGUAAAAAGUGGUGAGACAAAUGAAAAAACUGUUACCAUUGCUGACAACCCAAAGAAAAUGGCACAGGAAAAUGUAACCAGUCUAAAUACCAAUUCAAACAAGAAAUUACAGAACAAAGAUUCUGGGAAAAAGACUGUAAUAACUCCAGUUGAAACAAGUACCAUAGAAAGCCAAAACAUAGGGAAAUCAAAUGUUUCCAACCAAAGGAUCACACGAUCAAAAUUGGAAAACAACUUAACACGCCCUACACUCGGACAGAACCAAACGGUCUUAAUGAAGCAGCAGAGUUUACCAGAGGAGUCCAGUAAGAAAAUAAAGAAAGGUUCAGGGAAAUCUGACAAGACUGAGCAUGAAGAGACAUGUAGAAAGUUAGAAGUUCAGGAGGGUCUCCAUAAUGAAACUAUCACAGGGCUGGCUAAAAAGGUAGAUCAAUCAGCAAACCUAGAAAAAUCCAGAAAUGAUUUCAUUGAUGAACAGUCAAAAACUGCUAUAACAAGACAGCAGUCCAAAACAAGGAAAAUGAGUCUCUCUCUAAAUUGCAGUGAUCCAAAAAGUAGGAAAAAAGAUGAUUCUAGAGAUUUAUCUGAACAGAGCAAGUUGCUAUCUUCUAAACCUUCCAAACAAUUAUCUAAUAUGAGGCAGACAAGAUCUAGAGGGACAGUGGAUGAUGUUGACCUUAAGGAUUUGAAAAAAGUAGAAAUAAAUGUUCGCAGAAAUAAAACUAGAAACCAUAGUGGAUCAACUGAUGGUUCUUUGCUGUCAGACAAUUUCGAGGUAGAAAUGCUGCAAAAAUCAAGAGAAGAGUUGAAGAAAAAGAAAUUACAUGAUGAUUCCAUUGAGAUUGAUGACAGACAUUCCAUUUCAGAAGACAUAGAUUCCAGUCAUGGAACUAGAGAUAAAAGUCAAAGGAGGAAAAAAGAUUCAUCAUCUAAACAAUCAUCUGAAGAAGUGCCUGCAAUGGGGAAGAGAUUAAUAAAAGUUAAAAAAUAUGAUCAGUAUGAAGUUCCUGAUUUCUUGAAAUCACAAGUUAACAAUUCAAACAUGAAAAGACAAUUUCGGUCGACAAAAGUCUCAAGCAAAGUUGUUGGAAAUCCAGCAUCUUCAUCAAGAGGUGUUGUGAAGAAGGAUCCCAUUGUGCCAACAAGAAACUGCAGCAAAUGUGGAAAAAAAUUCUCAAACCAGACCAAAUUGAUUAAGCACAUUGCUAGUGUUCACCUUUCUCCAGGCAAAUCCCAUACUAAUCCUCGAUAUCAAAAGUGUUCCUACCAGUGUAGAUACUGCAAAGCUACCUACAAAUCAUACAUACAAUUUUUGAAUCAUGUGCCUGGACAUGCAGAACAGAUACUAGAGGGACUUGAUAGUAAAAUUGUUCCUGCUGUUGUUCAUGUUCCUUCAAAAUCUGCACAUGAAAAUGAUACAGAACAGAUCUUUUUAACAAAUGUAGAAGAUGAAAGUACUGUCAAAAGAGAGGAAACAGCAGAGAAAGAUAAACCCUUGGAACCAUUAACUCGAGCCACAAGACAAUCUGAAAGUAAAUUGAAACAUAUUAAAGAUAACACUGAAACUCAUAUGUCCACAAGAUCAAGACAAUUGACUGCGUCAUCAGAUGGAGAACAGAGUGAUAAAACGACUCAAAAAUUUCAAGACAAAGUUAAGGCAAACAAGGUAGAAGACAAGCUCAAACUGGAUACCACAACUGCUUUACCAAAAAGAAGCAAGGAAAAGUGUUGUAAUACAGAAUCAGAAGAGCAAGUCAGCAGGACCAGAAGUCGCAGCAGAAGUGCUAGAAGUAUAGAAGUCACCAAAACAAAAGAUGAGAAAUUGGACAGAGAACUGAAUUCUUCAACCAGGCUGUUAAGAAAUAAGAAGGAGGAGGAAGAUAAUGAAGAGAAAUUGCCCAAAAGAAAACAAGAGACCAACAUUAUUAGAAACACAAGGCUGCAUGUCAGUCUUGAGAAAUUGUCACCAAAAGCUGCAGAACACAUCACUCGAUCAAACUCAAAAAGAAAAUCAGAGUCUUCAAAUUCCUCAAUUCCUGCCAAAAAACAAAAGGCAGAGAUUUCAGAUUCAACAGAGUGUGAAAGUAGUGAAUUUGAAUUAGCUGGAUCAGAUGCAGAAAUUUCAUUCCGAAAAAGAAUGUGCAGAAAGAGAAAAGUACCCAAUUUUGUAGAAAUGUGUGGAUCUGACAUAGAUGAAGCAGCAGGAGAUGAAGAUUAUAAUCCAGCUGAUGAUGAAGAUGAUGUUAAUGAUGAUGAUUUUAUUCCUAAGGAAGUCAACAUACCGGGAAAUGUAAGGAAAAAACAUGCUGAAAUCCAGAACACAUAUAAUUCCGAUGAUGCCUCGGACAGAAAAAAGAGCAGUCAAGAUAUGGUUCAUGUGACAGUCGUUGAAGAUGAUGAGUUUGAAUAUGUGAAAUCUCCAACUCAUGAAUUUCAAAACUCAUCAUUAAAUGAAGAAAUCAAAAAGUCUGUCAUUGAAUUACCAGAUAAAAAACACAGAAUUGUAUUGUCUAGGUCUUCAAAGGAUAAUACAGCAUACUUGCAUUCCUUCAUGUCUUAUAUUGACAAUCAAAGUAAGAAAACCAAUACAGAGAAAGUUGUAAGUGAAAAGUUUUUACAACAGAAAACAAGGACAAGAGAAAGAAAGCCCCUGCAAGGCAAUCAGAAGGCUAAAAGAAAUAAAUCUGCUGAUAUAGAUAGUAAUAUUCCUUCAAAUUUAGUGGAGAAAUGUGUACGUUUAGAAACUAAUGAGAAAGCAGGAACCAAUACUCCCACUCAGCCUCGAGGAACAUUUCUGGAUAGCUUCUUAGAGCAUUGUAACAAAGCAACUGAUGAACAGAUGGCUAGAAGGGCAGGGUCAGAGACAAGAGAAAACCCAGAGACUGCAGCUAGUGAUUCUGUGGAACAGUCUAGUGAUAAUUUGUCAAAGGAUAAACAGAUGCAAAACUCUUGUGAUACAAAGACGGAUGUUCUGGUAAAAGAAAAAAUGGAUAAAGAAAGUAAAAGGGACCAAAAAGUUGUUACAGACACUGAUGGAAGAGGCUCAGGGAAUGCAUUCCAGGAUACAUUUAAAUCUUUUGUUACAGCAGCUUCCACGAAGGGUGAUGACUGCACAGAGGACAACAAUGCCUCCCAGAGUGGAAGUCUGUCUGAUGUUAUUGAAGGUUUGAGUGAUAACACGGAUCGGAGUCGCCGGGCUGGGUCAGCGGUGUCGGAGGAUAGUGUACAGACAGUGAGUUCACGGUGUACGGAUGUCAGUGAAACCAGUGAAGGUGCUCAACAUGGAGGACCAAAAUCUCACAGUGGCUCGAAAAGCAAAAGAAUGAGACAUAUUUACCACAAUGGGAAAAUAUGGCAUGUUGGAGCAGGGAAUGUCACGUCAAUGUCAGUGAAGCUUGAAACAAAGACAGAAUCAGUGCCUAGUACAAGUCUGACUUCUUCACAUAGCCCUGGAGUGACUUUAGUAACAACAAAACAGCUCAUAAAAGUAGAUCGGGAUAAAAACUCUCACCAGGACUGUAGUAAUAAUACUUACACAUACACAACAGCAGAAGAACUGAAAAAAGACACACAUUCCACAGUAAACAAAUGGAAGGUGAAAAGGGACAAAAACCAACUUAGCUUCAAAAAAUGAU